AUGAGAUUUCUGGCUGCCCUGUCUUCGGCUGCCCUUAUGGCAAGCUUUACUUCAGCGCAGUCUACACUUUAUGAGCACACAUUGCUAUUUCCGCAGGCGAACUUUCAUGGUAGUGAUGGCACCGCUGCCACCACUAGUUGCACCACUUUGCCAGGUGACGCCCGGAUUGGAUCUAUCCGCAUUUCGGAGGAGGAGAUUUGCAGUUUGUAUCCAAAUAACUACUGUCAAGGCGAUGUUAAACAGGACAUCAAUGAGAAUGUGGCUCAAUUCCCGGACUCUGAAACCUGGAUUGGUGUUCUCUGUACUUUCGCAACUGAUGAAGAUAAUUAA